GAAAGUCCUUGGGUUGCCUGCUGAUUAUUCUUUUUCGUUUAGUGGUUAAUGAUUAAAGUAAAAGAAAGUCGAGAUUGGAGAUUUGGAAUUGGGGGAAAGAGGAAGGCGACGAUGGCAUCCGAAGCAGCACCGGGGCAGCUUCCUAAGAUCGAUUUGUCCGGGAUUGGCCUGGCGGAUAGAGGAUCACCCUCCUGGACCGCCGUCCGGAACCAGGUGAUGCACGCCAUGGUCACCGUUGGCUGCUUUGAGGCCGUGUACGACCGCGUCUCUCCUCAUCUCCGCGACUCCCUCCUCCGCAUGGUCUCCCAGGAGCUGUUCCCGCUGCCUCGCGAGGUCAAAAUCAAGAAUAGCUCUGCCAGGGUCUACGGCGGUUACAUAGGUCAGAUCCCGGGGCACGCCUACGAGAGCCUGGCCAUCACGUUCACGUGCGCCAACGACGCCGCCAGCGUCGACAACUUCUUCAGCCUACUCUGGCCCGAUGGCAACCCUCGUUUCAGCGAGACGACCCUCUCAUUCGUGACUAAGCUGGUGGAACUGGAGGAGAUGGUGAGGGGGAUGGUGUGGGAGGGCUUGGGAGUGGCGAAGUACCAAGUGGAGCCAUCGGAGUCCACUUUGUAUUAUAUGAUUCGUUUCGCCAAGUACGGGGAGGAAAAGGAAGGGGCGGAGGAAAAUGGGGAGGAGGUUAAGCUGGCGGGAUAUGAGUCUCACCGGGACACGAACGCGUUCUCGGUGGUGUGUCAGUUGAACGAGGUGGAUGCAUUGGAGGUGGAGAUUGGAGACAACGAAGAGGAAUGGGUCUCAGCGAAGCCUACCUCACCGGCUUCCUUUUUCGUCUUAGCUGGCAAUGCCAUCCGGGCAUGGACUAAUGGCAGGGUCCGCGCAGCACCGCACCGGAUAACUGUGGGUGACCAGAACUUGAUUAGAUACGCUGCGAUCCUGUUCUCAGUUCCCCAGGACGACUAUGUAAUUCAAGCCCCGGCAGAGCUGGUGGACAAUGCCCACCCUUCCCUCUUCAAUCCUUAUAAGUAUGGUGAUUUCUUGGGGUUUCUGCUCACAGAGGAGGGCGUCAAGGCUGAGGACAAACUCACCCCUUACCGUAGGGUUGUUACCUAAAGUUACUAUAAGCUGUAUUUUACUUAUUAGGCGUUAUGUUUUCUCUGUUUUUUUACCAUAUUAAAACUUGUAAUGAUGUACGAUAUAUAAAUAAAUCUUUAGUAUAUUAAGUAAA